AUGAGACCCUCUACUGCUGGCGUUGUUGGCUUCAUCUUGUGGUGGUUACUAAGUCUCACAAGCAUCGUCGCUGAGCGUACAAAUGGGAGUUACCGACCAGAACAAUUAUCAUCCUGUGCACUGGAAUGUCUACAACGCGCCGUCCCUGUUUCCCACUGCGAACUUUCUGACAUCGAAUGUCAAUGUGAAGAUAAAGAAUUCAUCAAGCACGCCUCGUCCUGUGCAGUGAAAACCUGUAAAUUAGAAGACCUGAUGCAACUGGUGCGAGGGGAUGCUGCGCAAUGCAACCGAUCCAGUAAAAACUAUCAUAAAUUAAUCAUCGCGCUAGCUAUUACUACACCGACAAUCGCAUUUACAGUCAUAAUCCUACGCGUUUUGUCCAGACUGUGGACAGUCCAUCAGCUAUGGUGGGAUGACUUCAUGCAUAUACUCGCCGGGGUCUUCGCGAUACCCCUGAGCAUUUUCGGAAAUAUCUGUGUCAGUAAAGGGUUCGGACUCCACCUCUAUGAUAUCAAAGUCGAAUCCGUCACCCAGAUAACCAACCUCUUCUUCUGGUGGUACAUGUGCCAGAUCUUCUGGCCCUUCACCAUCUUCUUCGUCAAAAUGUCCAUCCUACUCCUCUACCUCCGCAUAUUCCCAAUCGUCCUAUUCAGGAGAGUCGACUUCCUCUGCAUCGCUUUCCUAGUCAUCUCCUUCUUAGUCACCACGCCCAUGGCAAUCUGGCAAUGCAAACCCUUCCAAGCCGCAUGGGACUACGACAUUGACAACGCCCGCUGUCUAAAGAUAGCAGCCGUAGCCUACGCGAACGCCACCCUGAACAUCAUCACCGAAGUCCUAAUCCUCAUCCUCCCGCUCCCAGUCCUGCGGACCCUCCACGUCUCCCGGAGAAAGAAGAUCGCGCUUAUCUCCGUCUUCAGCGUCGGUGUGAUAGUAAUCGCAAUAGCAUCCGCACGCAUGCCUGCGCUCGGCGAAAUGGGGACAUACUAUGACCCACCGUACUCCCAAGCUCCAGCUUUCCUGCUUAGCUGCGUCGAGGCAGCCAUGGCGCAUGUCUGCGCCGCUGCGCCGGUGAUCUACACCGCCAUUGUGCAGCUGAAACGGGCGCGUGGGAAGGGCUCGCAGAAGUCGCCUUCUACCUCGCGCGAGGGGCAGGCGGGGUCGGAUCAGGGUGGUGGGUCGGGGAACGAGAAUAAGAAGUACCGGGCGGCGCUUUACUCUUCGAUGCAUAUGUCGGAUGUGGCUAUCAUGGGCCGAGGCUGGAUGCAAAGUCAGCGUCGGUCUCACGGUCCGGCGCCUUCGGCUCAUCAUCUGGAGCGUGCUCACAGUGCUUAUUACUCGGAUCCUGAGUUGGCGGCGAGCCCGCGUUCUGUCCCGCAUCCUGCUUUGAUACGUAUGGGUACUACCCGUGGAAGUUGUGGCUCGUCUGGGGGGGUUGACUUUGCUUCCAUCGCCUGA